CAUCCUUCCUCACGAUCUACUCUCACGAGUAAAUCAUUUCCUUUUUUCUCUCUCCUUUCCUUCUCUAAUCCCUUAGAUCGUUUUACACUUUUCUUAUUUCUUUUCUUUUCCUUAUCACGGCCAAACUUCUUUGCCCUAAUAUUAUAUAUAUCAUACCUCCAUUCCCUCAAAGAGUAAUAUCAUAGAAGACCAAAUCCUGCAACAAAUCCUUCGAUAUACCUUGAUAAUAUCCUUUGAACAUGCGGUACUCAGGAUUUGCUGCAGCACUGGCUGCGGUGGCAUUACCACAGCUUGCCUCCGCGGUGCCCCGCCCUGAAAAGGUCUACAGCUGCUCGGAUACACAAGAUACAGCCAAGCCUGUUGGCUAUCCAGUCACUACAUAUUAUCCCGGUGGUGAUGGACCGACAGUCACUAUCACCGCCGAUAACCAGAAGGUGACAUCCAUUGAAAAGAGCAUAAAGACCACCUCGUACCACUGCGACGGACCUGGUGUUUAUACGCCACCUCAUCAGACCAAAGUAUGGACAGCUCACGAGCCCACAUGGAUCACUUAUGAGGUUCCUUGUGCAACCGCAUAUAUCUACCCUUAUAAAGAGGCAACUUGUGAUACUUGCACCAAGAAUGUGGAGGUCAUUGUCUAUAUUAAUAUUGACAUCAUCACCUAUUCCGAGCAAGUUUGGAAGGUUGUCGAUGGAAGCACCACCACUGAGAUCAAGACUGUUACUGCUACUCCUUCUUAUGUCUCAGACUAUCUCCCACCAUCCACUACAUACCCCGCCGGUUACGCGGCCAGGACCCACACCGUUAAAGUCGGAGGUCUUGAUGGAACUACACCAAUCCUCAAGUAUGACCCUGAGUAUGUUGCCGAUGUCAAGGUUGGCGGUGUUGUCCUAUUCGACCUUCUUGCCAAUAAUCACACUGUCACUGAGUCCACCUUCGAGUCUCCUUGCGUGCCAAAAGCUGGCGGUAUUGAUUCCGGCUUCCUUCCCAACAUGGAGAACAUUCCCGGAAAGGUGACCUUCCCCGUCACUGUCACUGAUGACAAGCCAAGGUGGUUCUACUGUGCUCAGCCUGGUAACGGGAAGCCUCAUUGCCAAGCCGGCAUGGUUUUCGCCAUCAAUGCUCCUAAGGCUGGAGAUAAGACCCUCGAAGCAUUCAAGAAACUCGCUGCUGCUGUCCCUAUUGCUGGCGCACCAUCCACUACGAUUGGCGGAACUCCUAGUCCAACUGGUGGUGCUGCUGCGACCCACACCAUCAAGGUUGGCGGUCUUGAUGGAACUACACCAAUUCUCAAGUACGACCCUGAGUAUGUUGCCGAUGUCAAGGUUGGCGAUGUUGUCCUAUUCGACCUUCUUGCCAAUAAUCACACUGUCACUGAGUCCACCUUCGAGUCUCCUUGCGUGCCAAAAGCUGGCGGUAUUGAUUCCGGCUUCCUUCCCAACAUGGAGAACAUUCCCGGAAAGGUGACCUUCCCCGUCACUGUCACUGAUGACAAGCCAAGGUGGUUCUACUGUGCUCAACCUGGUAACGGGAAUCCUCAUUGCCAAGCCGGCAUGGUUUUUGCUAUCAAUGCCCCCAAGGCCGGCGACAAAACCUUGGAAGCCUUCAAGAAAUUGGCAGCCGCCGUCCCCGUCAGUGGACCCCCCUCUCCUACCACCACCGGAAUUUCGACCACUACCGGAGUCCCUACCGCCACGGGCCCUGCCGUAACCCACUUCGUUAAAGUCGGAGGCCUCUCAGGCGGUGUGCCAAUUCUCAAGUACGAUCCUGAAUACGUCCAGGCCAAUAUCGGAGAUGUCAUCUACUUCGAUAUCCUCGCUGCAAACCACACUGUCACUGAAUCGUCCUUCGACGCUCCUUGUGUCCCGAACGGAGGAAUCGAUUCUGGCUUCCGCCCCAACAGGGAGAAUAUCCCCGGUGCUCAACUCUUCACCAUUAACGUCCAUGAUGACGAGCCGAAGUGGUUCUACUGUGCUCAGCCAGGGAAUGGUAAGCCGCAUUGCCAGGCCGGUAUGGUGUUUGCUAUCAACCCUCCCGCAUCGGGCAAUACAUUGGAGGCCUUCAAGGCGAAGGCUGCUGCGGUUCCUGUUAGAUAAGCGGCUGAAAAGCCCUCGUGAUAGUGAAUGUGUGAUAGCUAUAGGGUAGUUGCAUAAGUGCUGUUAGAUUUUUUGAUAUUGUUUGUACAUUGCAUGGUUUUUUGUUUUUUUUGAUUUCACUCAUUUCCCCCCUUUUUGUUCUCCUCCUGUCAUUACCCAUGGCACCUUAAUUGGAAUUGUCUUGUCUAAGAAAUAACAAAACCUAGUAUCAUUCAAUAG